AGCCAGUCACAUUUAUUUCCGCUUUUCAAAGCUCGCUUUAAGAUGAAGAGACAUCAAAUACUCAUGCAAGUCUGUCUGGAACAUCAGAAGAAAUCAUGGUAGGGCCACUCAUCACCUUCAUCCUCCUGAGCAUCUUGUGUCAAAGUGCAGAGGACCAAAUACCUUUGACACUGGUCCAACCUGGAGACACUGUCACAUUUACAUGUUCUUCUAUUUACUAUAAACAUGUUAACUGGUACAAGCAAACCCCAGGACAUACAAUGCAGUUUAUGGCGUAUAUAUAUUAUAAUACUGUUAAAGUAAGUGAAUCAUUUAAGAAUCAGUGGUUCAGUUUCACCACAAUGGAUAAUCAGCACUUUUUUACAAUACAAAAUAUCAGAAAAGAGGACGAAGCAAUCUACUAUUGCAUAUUGAGUGAUGAAUAUGGACAGAACUUUGUGAACAGCACCUACUUGGUUGUUAAUGAUGGAGCAGACUCACAGAGCUGUGUUCAUGUGACACAGAGUCCAUCCUCAGCUUCAGUGGUCCCAGGACGCUCAGUGUCUCUUCAGUGUUCACUUCAGCCCAAAAACAACAAGAGCCAAAUCCAGUGUCCACAAGAGCAGCAGGUGCACUGGUUCAGAGCUGGAUCUGUGGAGCCUCACACUGGACUCAUGUCCCACUUUACAAACUCCAGCUGUGUCUACAGUCUGUCCAAAACUAUAGGACGCUCCUCUGAGGCUGGGACAUACUACUGCGCUGUGCACACAUGUGGACAUAUCCUGUUUGGGACAGGAACUACACUGGACAUAGAUGAGCUCCCAGAGCUGCAGCUGCUGCCAGUGACUGUGGCUUCUGUCAGUCCUGUUGUGUGUGUGUGUGCUCGUGAUCAUCGUCCUCUGUGUGAAGAGAGGGAGGCUCUGUGCACACUGCAGAGAUUCUCCUGAUAGUGUUAAUAGUACACAGUGUGAGAUGUCAGAAAAUAUGGAUGCACGUGCAGAUGUCAACUAUGCAGCUCUGAAUUUCUCCUCCAGAAAAGUGAAACAAAGACAGAGCAGUAACACAAAAGGAGAGCAGGAGUGUGUGUACUCCAGUGUGAGAGCAGAGCACCACUGAGAGAC